CGAACGCGGCCUUAGUAGUUCGAAAAAUUCUCAACCUAAUCUAACCUAGUUAUAAUUGACGUGUCAAAACCAAAACGUUUGUAUGCUCUGAGCAAGAGAGAUCGGAGGGAUAUUUUUCUCGCCAGAUUUAUUUUGAUUUUUAUCGCGAUGAGAUAAUCAACAACUGUGAGAAUGAAUAGUCUAGGUUUAAAUCUAAUUUUAAGAAUGGGUUGUAUAUGCGCCAAAGAGACCAUUACGGUAAACUCGAGGAAGUACAGGGUCCGCGAACAUCUCGGCGAAGGGCAAGUUUAUCAGAUAAAUUUAUUAACAAUGGGUUCAGCACAGUACUCUUAGUUGAGGAUGUUAUUACACACAAAAAGUAUGCUAUUAAGAAAAUUGUUUGCUAUGGAUCAGAAGACCAACAAUUAGCAAUGAAAGAAGUUGAGUAUUAUAAACUGAUAAAGCAUCCAAAUGUUAUAGAAUGUGUAGAUUCGGCAUGUAUGGGUACAGCAGACCCAAUUCUUAAUACGACAAGUGAAGUGUUGAUUAUUUUACCAUAUUAUCAUAAAGGAACUUUAGCAGAUGAACUGGAACAACGAGCAACGAUUUGUGAUUAUUUGAGUCCUAUAGAUAUUCUCAGCAUUUUUCUACAGAUUUGUGAGGGUGUAAAAGCACUUCAUGAGGCUAAACCAGAACCUCUUGCUCAUAGAGAUUUGAAAACUGCAAAUAUAGUACUUAGCGACGACAGAACACCUGUCAUUAUGGAUUUGGGUUCCAUGGCAUCUGCCAGAGUUCAAGUAUGUGGUACUCAAGCUGCACGUGUUUUACAAGAUUUAGCAGCUGAAAGAUGCUCCAUGCCAUAUAGAGCACCAGAAUUAUUCAAUGUUGAGAGCUAUUCUAUGGUUGAUGAACGAACAGACAUUUGGUCAUUGGGGUGUAUAUUAUAUGCAUUGUGUUACUUUAAAUCUCCUUUUGAUACCGUUUACGAACGUGGUGACAGCAUAGCUCUUGCUGUGAUGAGUGCACAUGUAACAUUUCCAGAAAAUACCCCAUAUAACGAGGAUAUGCGGGACUUAAUCCUGUCAAUGUUGAAAGUCAAUCCAAUGGAACGUCCAUAUAUAUAUAGUGUAAUAGAAAGUGUACACGAUACCAUUGCCAAAUUUGAAGGUAGAGUGUAAUUGCUGACAUGGCAUAUGAUACUGCUAUGCCUUUAAGAAAUAUCAUGCGAUGUUGAGCAAUGCAUGAUAAAAAGAAAGAAAGAGACACAUGCAUUAUCAAUUUAUACAGGCCUAUAAGCAAUAUGAAAAAAUAUCGUGAAUCACAAUCACAUACAUUGAUAGAUUAUAUUUGUAAAAAAGAAUGUCGGAUGAUCAGGGGAGAUCACAAAAAUAAUGAAAAGAACAUUAUUUUCAGAAACAUCAAAUACACAUGAUAUAAAGAUUAAAAAUUCAUGCAUUUCUCAUGUAAUUUACAAUUAUAGUGAAUAAUUUUGCAUUGUAAAAAGUAAAAUAAGGAAGAAAAACAAUAUUUUAAUAUAUAUAUGUUUAACAGGAGAGAAGAAAAGUAUAUAUUAAUAUUAUAUAUUAUUUAUUUUUCAAUGCACAGUGCGAUCAGAUGUGUUAAAUGCAAAAAAAUUCUUUUUAUAUUCAAAACGAUUUAAACGUAAAAAAGUUCUUUUCAUAUUCAAAACGACUCUUAAACACAAAAAUAUUACUUUCAAUGUUCAAAGAAAUAGUGUAAUAUAUUUAAAUUCCAUUAUUUUGUUGGUGAGAUUAUAUGAUAUACAGCUGUAAUUAUUGUUUCUAAUAUUGUAAUUGGAAAGAUUUUUAUAUUUUAUUUUGUACUUGUUUUAUUUUAUGAUAUAUCAUUAUAUUUUAUCAUGUCCCAAUUCUGUCUAAAAGGUACAAUUGGAAUAAAGAUAGAUCUAUAAUUA